AAACACGUGCACUCACUUUGCGCUGCUCAUCUUGCUUGGCGUUGGCAAAAAUCACAAAGCUCACUAAGAAGGACUGACUGAGAUGGACGACGACAGCAACCGAGAUGGUGGUGGUGGGUAUGUGCGGGCUGGAGCAGCACAUAUCAAGGUUGGGAUGGGGGCAGAGGCUGCAGGGGAUGUGAUGGGCGCGUACGAUGCGUUUGUCAAAGGCGUGACCGUGCUACUGGAAGGUGGACGCACAGAUACAAACGCCCGUCGCAGGAAAGCGGUGCACGACCAUCUCGUGGAAUACCUGGAUCGCUUGGAGCGGCUGUCCGCGCAAGUGGCGACCAUGGGUGACGGCAGCGCACACGGCCCUGGCCAGCGACGCAGCAGCAGAAGCAGCGAAAGCAGCGAAAGCAGCGAAAGCAGUGGUCACCGAGCACAACCGCCUGCUGUGGGUGGCAAUGCGCAUACAAAUACAGGACGGCAGCCGUUAGGAGGACGCACCGGGUCCGCACUUCUACCACACCGGCGACCACCACAACAGCUGCCGCCUGGAUCCUUAUCGUCGUCACAGCCACUGCAUGUGGACACUUCUUCUGCACCGCGCCCAAGCUACCACCGCACUGCAUCCUUGCCAGAUGAUACAGCGCCAGCGCACGACAGCACACCGCCUCUACCUGCUGUGCGACCGCCGCCAUCAUUGUCCUCGCUCGCACGCACGACCAGCCUCCCGGCGUCAACCCCCCGUGCCACGAGUGAUCGCGAUGGCGCAGCCCGUGACAGCAGCGAGCGUGCAGAGCAGCACACCCACGAAGGCGGCACCAACGGAGGCGAAGGGGGCGAUGAUGGUGGAGUAGGACGAGAAGACGAAGACGAAGAAGAAGAGGAAGAAGUGGGAAGCAAGAGUGUGCAAGCGCUUCUGGACCGCGGGAAGCGUGUGCAGGCAUCUGUACGCGACUUGCUGCGCACCACUACAACUGACUUGAAGCGAGAGGCACAGGAAGCUCGUGGGGAGCAGGAGCGGCUGAAGGAAGACGUGAUUGAUCCGCUAUCUCGACUGUUUGACCGCUUCCCCGAUGAAUGAAUGAGGGAAGUUGUUCCAUUACCACCUGACUCUCACUGGCUUCAACCACUUCACUUGCCCUGCUCUGUGUCUCCAUGUUGCUUUGAUUGUGGCCGUUACAUGCAUGGCCGUGAUGAUUGGGAAAGCAUGCGAGUGCAACAUGCGGUGUCAAGACCAGCUCUAACACACGCACGACACACCGCAGCUCGCGCCAUCACAGCGCAACAAACACACCACACCACACCAACAGCCACAAAGGGAAGAGCAAGCAUAAGAGGUGGGAAGUGGUGCAAACCAAUGGCUAACAUAAGACAAACCAAGCACCAA